UAUUUCAUUUUUAUUAAUAAUUAUGUCAUUAUGAAAUUAAUUAUUUCUUUAAAUUUUUGCAUAUAUACUUUGUUUUUUUAGAGUAUGUUUUAUAAAUAUUUAGAUGAGAAUUAUGAUGUUAAUGGAAAAUUAUAUCCAAUAACUUGUCUUUUACUAGCAAUAUAUAAACGGGGGAAUCGUUCUAACGCGAUAUGGAUAAAAGAACUUAUAUCAAGUAAAGGAAGGUACGUAAAAAAAGAUAGGUGUAAUGAAAAAAUAACUAAAACAGAUAAGUGUUCAUUAAACAAUGGAGAAAACUAUAGAGCAUCUAGAAGAAGUGAGCCUUGCAUAAACAGUGGAGGGAAUCUAUAUUGUGAAAAAAAAAUAUUUGAAAAAUUAUUUUAUAAAAAUACAGUUAGGUAUGUAAUGAAUGAUGAUUUUAAUUUUUUAAAAGAAUGUAUAAAAGUAAAAUUAUUUGGGAUUUUUAUUUUAGGUAGCUUCAAGGUAUUAGUUGGAAUCGCAUUACUUGUCUUAGGAAAAUUGGGUUAUAUGGCUAAAACCUCUAUUUGGUCAAACAUUGUAUUUUUGAUCUUUACACUUAUAAUUGGAGCAGCAAUGUUUUAUCUGCACAGAAUGGUUGUAAAAUAUCUAUAGAGUUUAGAAAAUAAAAGUAAUAUUCAUAAGACUAUGUAUCCUUCUUUA